CUCAAUCUUUAAAAUACUAAAAUACAGGUCCAAACAUAGACUGCAUCAGAAUCAGAAAGCCACUGCUGAUAUUGAAAUAAUAACUGAUUAUGGAUCAAGCAUCUGUCUCUGGGACUUUGGUAAAACCUCCUCCAAGCCAUCAAGUGGUGCUGCUACCAACGAAAUAUGUGCUGUUCAAGUCACAUGGCCACAGUGAAUAAAAUCUAAGGCGUGACGAAAGAUUUUUUUUCUCUCUAGCAACACAGAACAAGAGACUGUAUUAUUUUGCGUAUUUUGGAAGAGACACAUGUAGUCUAGUCAGAGAAUUAACGUUCGUACUGACUGAUAACAAUCCUGGCAACUUGCCGCACCCGAAAACGCAUACCUGGAUGCAUGCAAAGAUUGAAACACUGCAUUCCAGUUCUCGUUGUUGGAGAACCAGCUCGAGAGAAGCAGAGUCUGUUCAGACACCAAUUCAGACCAGAGUCCCUUCAGGUUACACGUGGCGGCCCUUCAGAAGAGACCAGAGGAGAACAAACUCAGAGCCUCAGAGCUCUUUGGGAUGAGAUCCAUUGUGUAGAGGAUCAUCUAUUCACUGAGACACAGACCGCAUCAAGACGUUUUUUCCAGAACCUGCAAGCUGUCUGCUCCAACACUCCAACUGGGCAUCAUGGAACGUGUGGACAGACGUACCCGCUUUCUCUCCCGUAGCUCAGAGGCCAAACCCGCCGAUCCUUCAGGCUCAGUCAGUAACACUGACAAGUCGCCGCAGAUGAAAGUGGUGUCGAUCCGGCUGGAGGAUUGCGGUCACAAACUGGGACCGAAUGGAGUCUUUAUUGUGCAAGGACCGGUAUAUCACGCCGGGGUGGAAGACAGUGAUGAAGAUGACGAUGAUGAUGGAGAUGGAAGGGAUAGCGAUUACAUGCCUGACGGUAAACGCCUCCAGUACUGCUCUAGAGGACGGCGACGAGGCACCUCAGCCGGGAAACGGACACACAAAAACCAGAGGGCGUCAGCGACCGCCAGAAACUACUCCUGCAACCGGUGCCGCAAGACAUACACUCAGCUGAACCAUCUCAAACUGCACGAGAGGACGCACGCCAAGACGCACGCCAAGACGCACGCCAAGACGCACGCCAAGAAGGCGUUAGGCGUCAAACGUCCACGCGACUCCGGCAGGAAAGGCAAGACCACCGCCAAGUCGACCCCGAGCGGUGGUGGUGCCGCCGCCGCCGCCGCCGCCACGCCCUUCUCCUGUGACCUGUGCAGCAAGACGUACUCUCAGCUCAACCACCUCAAACUGCACCAGAGAACGCACACCCGAGGGGAGCCAGGGAGGGACAAGAGGAAGGCCGGCCAGGUGCCGUCGAACAAGUGCGACCUGUGCGGCAAGGUGUUCUCCAGCCAGGCCUACAUCAGCAUCCACAAGCGCAUCCACACGGGCGAGAAGCGCUACGCCUGCGGCGUGUGCGGCAAGGCCUUCACCCAGGCGAGCGCCCGGACGGUCCACCAGAGGAAGCACGACAAGGAGAGUUCCGCCGCCGACGCCGACGUCGACGUCGCUCGCCUGCAGCAGCGGCGGCAGCAGGGCCGCCCGAAGCGCUCGAAGCAGGCCGCGGGGGGCGACGACGACGACCAGCACACGCCGUGCGCGGAGAGUCUCGAAACGACGAAGGACGCAGACACUCGUGGACGUGUCGAAAACGGAGAAGAGCGCUCCCUGGACAAUGACGUCCCUCAACAAGAGGAUGUUGGACUGUAACAGUUUCAAGUUUCAACUGAUGAUUACUAUAUUAUUAUUAUUAUUAUUAUUAUUAUUAUUUAGCCUGGCUAGCGCCACCACUUCUCAUUCUCAAUGAGUAGUGGUCUGGGAACCAAACGUUCAUUUUCUCGUAUUUGAAAAAAUGCCCAGAUCCGUUUAUUGGGCACCACGGAUGUCUAUCAAAUGCGUCUGUGCAUAGCUCAUCAUUGUUUUGCUUUCUCCCCUGUUCUGUGAUUGGUCCCCUAUCUGAGGGGACCAAUCACAGAACAGUGGACGGUAGCUUACAGGCUGUCUUAGCGGUGUGAAUCAAAUCGCGCGCAAGGCAGCAUGGGAACACCCAGGCUAAUUAUUAUUAUGUUUUCAUAGAAGGUUAUUAUGUACACAUAUUAUGUGUUCAAGGGUUCAAGAAUAGUGUCAUGUUAUGUUAUUGGCAGGCUUUUUACCAUGUGAAGAUAUUCAUACAUUCAUACAAUUUUGUUGUAUGUGUGCAUAUAUAUAUAUAUAUAUAUGCACAUACAGCAAUAUAUAUUUUGUAUAUACAUGUAAGUGGUAUUUGGUCCAGGGGAACAAAUGCACCAGUCUUAGCAAAUUUAUUAGUGUAACCUGUGGUUGGUUUGUGAUGUGUUGGUGUUAAAAUUACAUUUUGAAAUGAAUCAUCUUCAUUUACAGCCA